CGAAAUUCCAUCGCGCUAGCACCAUGGGCCUCCUCACGCUCCUCCGCAAGCUGAAGAAGGACGACAGCGAAGCGCGCAUUCUCGUGCUCGGCCUCGACAACGGCGGGAAGACGACGAUCCUCAAGAAGCUCUCGGAAGAGGACAUUAGCCACAUCAUGCCGACGCAGGGCUUCAACGUCAAGAGUCUGCAGGUCGACGGCUUCAAGCUCAACAUGUGGGACAUUGGCGGCCAAAAGACCAUUCGGCCCUACUGGCGAAACUACUACGAGCAGACGGAUGCGCUGAUCUAUGUCAUUGACAGCGCGGACCGUCGCCGCUUGGAAGAGACGGGCGUCGAGCUCAACAACUUGCUCGAGGAAGAGCGUCUCGCGAGCUCGCCGUUGCUUGUGUUUGCCAACAAGCAGGACUUGCUGAACGCGCUGCCAGCGUCCGAGAUCUCGACCGCGCUCAACCUGCACACGUUGCGCGACCGCAACUGGCACAUCCAAGCGUGCUCGGCCAAGUCGGGGGAAGGCCUCCAGGAAGGCAUGGAGUGGAUAGUCAACACGAUGAGCGAGUCGCGGGGCCGCGAAGCCAAGUAGCCUUGCCGCACCCUCGGGCCAAAGAGGACUGCCAUGACCACCUGAAUACAUAAAUGCCCCAUGUAUCUUCUC